AUGGCGGACGCCGCCGUGGAAUUCCUGCUGGAGAACCUGAAGCAGCUCCUUCUGACCAAGGCGGAGCUGAUCAGCAGCGCGAAGGGCCAGGUCGAGCGGCUCGAGAAGGAUCUGCGCCUCUUCAACGCAUUCCUCAAGGACUCCACCAAGAAGAGGCGGAAGGACCUCCGCCUCCGGGAGCUUGUCCGGCAGAUUCGCGACGUCGUGUACGAGGCGGAAGACGUCAUUGACGCCUUUGUGACCCAGGCGGCGGAGACCAGGUCGAAGAAUUACUUCCUCAGGUCCAUCCACAAGCCGCUCAAGCUCAUGAACGUCGCUGAGCAGGUGGAGCGCGUCCGGACCAAGGUCAAGGAGAUCUAUGGCGAUAAGAGCCUCAUCGACUUUUCCACCCUCAAUAUUGGAGAUGAAAAGCCAGACGAGGUCGAGGAACCAAUCGUGAGACAAAAAGACGUGGUCGGUUUUGAGGACGAGGCAGAGAAAAUAAUUGGGUAUCUCAGUGAGAAGACCGAACAACUCGAUGUCAUAUCCAUAAUCGGCAUGCCCGGUCUCGGCAAGACGACCUUGGCAGGAAAAAUCUUCCGUGACCCGAACAUCCAGUUUGAGUUCCCUACUCGCAUAUGGGUCUACAUUUCCCAAGAAUUCACUAAGAAAAACAUCUUUCUAGCCAUCUUAAAAGAGUUUACUAGGAUCACUGAGGACAUUUACCACCGAAGUGAUGUGGAGCUAGCUCAACUAGUGGAGUCUCAUUUAGAGAGAGGGAAAUUCUUGAUUGUCAUGGAUGACGUGUGGACAGCCAAUGACUGGGACAAGCUUCAGAUCGCCCUUCCAAAGGGCAACAAGAUGGGAAAAGUCUUGAUCACCAGCCGCCAUGAGGAGGUGGCCCGGUACGCCAACCGGGAUAGGCCUCCACACAAGCUGCGUUUCUUGACUCAAGAGGAGAGUUGGGAGUUGCUGCAACUCGAGGUCUUUGGCAAGCGUGAUUGCCCUUCCGAGCUUGAGGGUUUUGGGAAGUUGAUCGUCAACGACUGUGGUAGGCUACCCCUCGCCAUAGUGAUCAUUGGUGGUAUUCUAGUCAAAAGAUUCUCAUCGUCUGAUAAUAUCAACGUGAAAAAGAAUGCAUGGGAAAAGGUAUCGGAGAAUGUGGGCACUUACCUGACGGAGGAGGACCCUGAGAAACGCAUGACUGAAGCCGGGAGUGAUGGGGAAAAUUUCCUCCAGGAGAUUAAAAAGUCGAGCGAGGGCAGCUUCUACCCUCCUGUCAGCGAUUUGGAGAAAUAUCGCCGCCUCUGCAUUCACUCCAACGUUGUGGACUUUGUCUCCUCUAAGAAGCUCUACGGACACUGUAUCCGCUCUUUCGCCUGUUUCUCCAAGGAAGAGAUCAACCUCCCGGCAUCGAGUCUCUCCAACAUUCCCUCGGCCUUCAAGCUCCUCCGGGUCCUAGAAGCCAAGCCCAUGAAGUUCACCAAGAUCCCUUCCGAGCUGUAUCAACUGUUUCACCUGAGGUACAUCACGCUGUCCUACACCUCGCCAACCCUUCCCACCUUCUUUGCCAAAUUCUGGAACCUGCAAACCCUGGUGGUUGACACCACGUACCGUACGCUCGACAUCAAAGUUGAUAUCUGGAAAAUGACCCAACUUAGGCACAUCAAAACGAAUGCAUCCGCAUUGUUGCCCGUGCCCAAGACGGCAGCCAAAGAUGGCGAGAAGCUCCAGACCCUUGGCUUCAUCUCGCCGCAGAGCUGCACGGAGGAAAUCCUCAAUCGGGCCCGCAACCUGAAGAGGCUUGGCAUUCGUGGCCGCCUGGCCCUGCUUUUAGAAGGAAAAGUCGGGUCGUUCGACAGCCUUGCGAAGAUGGCAUGCCUCGAGAAGCUGAAGCUCGUGAAUGAUGUGUUUCCUAGCCCGGCCUCCGAGGGCCAUUUGCGGUUGCUUCCUCAGCAUUACAAGUUCCCGCCGAAACUCCGGAGCCUUACUCUGUCUGAAACAUUUCUCGAAUGGACCCAAAUGUCCACCUUGGGCUUGCUUGAUAGCCUCGAGGUGCUGAAGCUGAAGGACCGGGCUUUCAAGGGAAAGUAUUGGGAGGCUGCGGAUGGGGGAUUUCGCCGCCUGGAAGUGUUGUUUAUUGGGCGAACAGACCUGGUCGUUUGGAAGGCCUCGGGACAUCACUUCCCUAGGCUCAGGCGGCUUGAGCUGAAGAACUGUGAGGAGCUUGGGGAGAUUCCAAUUGGGCUGGCGGAUGUGCCGAGCCUGCAGUUGUUGGACGUUUACCGUUGUAGAUCUGCAGCUGGGUCCGCCAAAAGAAUCCGUGAGGCCAUACUGAAGAAGAAGCAAGAGGACCAAACUCAAGUUGCCGGAGAGGGCAUGUUCAAGCUCACCAUUUUUCCUCCGGAUGAGUUGUUGGCUUGA